GAAACCCGUUGCUGUGGAAACGGCACGCUUGUUGGUGUGUACUAGUUCGUUCACAUUGUUUUAGAGGUCAGACCCGCGCUGGAUAAUUAUAAUAAUUCAUAACUUAGUUUAUUACAAAAAAACAAUUAUUUAGUGAACUCGUAACCAGCAGAACAGAGAGAGAGAGAGAAGGUAAGGACUGUUUUCCGGGAGCUGAACCCCCUGUGCGAGCCGCCGGUCAUGAGCAGUCUGCAGUGUGUCGGGACGUCCUCGAAAGUCCCAUCAAAGGAUGCAGAAGCUGAAAAACCAGGACUCCUCAGCUCCAGUGAUGCACCAGCAAAUAAAUCAGUCCCAACCAAAACACAGGCUCAGAAACCCAAACCGAGCACGUGGUCACAGGGACAACAGCCAUCAGAGAUCACUGAGAGAAGACGUGACACAGGAAAUGUGGGCAGGGUCACGCUGGAUCCAGAGCUUGUCUCAGAGCUGGAGAGCAGCUUUAAAAAGACCAACAUCAACCACACGAUAUCAAGGAGCGAGAAGCAGGCUGGUUUACAGGCUCCAGCACCAGCAGACAUGAUGAUGCACAGACAAAUAAGAUCACCAAAACACUCUGCUCCUGGUGGUACAGAAGAGAAAACUGGAAGUUCAGAGUGUGUGCAUGAACCUGUAGUCCAGGUGCCUCAAAACGUGCCAGUACCAAAGUGUGGAACUGGCCAAAGCCAAAACGAGGCAAGAAGCAAUUAUGAAGAAGAGUAUGAAGAAGAGGAAACUGCUGAUUUCCACGCUCCCAUCGAGCUGCUUGCAGAGUUCCUAAAGGCGGUAAUGGAAAAGAAGUACACACUCGCCCAGAAACUCUGCCAAAUGAUUCUUAUUUAUGAACCAGACAACCCCGAGGCCAAAAGCUUUCUCCCUCUAAUUGAAGAGAGACUACUGAUAGAAGAAGCACAGGAAGGCCUAAGCAGUGAUGAAAACACGUCUGAUGAUGAUGAUGAUGAAGAAGAAAGCAGCAGUGGAAGUGAAGAUGAUGAUGAUGAUACAGACACAGGUACUGAUUCUGAUGGAGAGAACAUCUGCUCAUCAUCUGACACGGAGGAGGAUAGCCAGCGAUGAAGAGCAUCUUCUCAGCAUCUUUCCAAACCAGUUGCAGCUCUUCCUUUUUUUUUUUUUUACUGGAUUUUGCUGCACAUGUGAGAUUAAUGCAUGUCCAGUGCUGCUUCUUUCGAUUUGAGAAUGACUUUAUUACAUUAUAUCCUUUCUAUUUUAACAUUUCUCUUAGCUGUUUGAGUACAAAUACAUUUAUAUAUAUAUAUAUAUAUAUAUGGCUUUAAUCCUUUUUAAAUCAAACAGCAACCAAAUAAAUUACAUUUUUUUUAUAUAUAUACGUAUAUACAAUAUUGUUUUUUUUUUUUUAUAGAAAUGCUAACAUCAGGGCCCUUAUUAAUGUUCACUUGAAGUGGAUAAUUUAGGAAACAUAAAUAUUUUGUUCCUUGUAAAAAAAGGUUUUAGUAGUGCUGUGAGUGCUAAGCAGUGGCAGACCAUGAGUUUUACACCUUCAGUGGUGUCCUACCUGAAAAAAUCCACUUCUAAAUACCAUCAUUAUGACACCCUGGCUAUACAAACUAUCAAUAUUAGAGAGAAACACAGUAUAACUGAGCACCGAAUCACACACAGGAUCUCAUACAGUGAGAAUAAAUGUUAUUACUAAAGCAAGAAAACCAACAAACACAAUUCAACACGUCUCCUUUCACUGUAGCCACAACUGCACCUCCCACAUACAUCAUCUCUAACAGAAGCAUCGAUAUUCACCUUAUCAAAUCACCUCGGGGCUUCCGUGCAUUUUUUCAGUGCAUUACGCUUUUCCUGGGGAUUUAAAAUGUGUUUUUUUUUGCAAAUUUCAUCAGGAACGAAAACACAAAAGUUUAAAAGGUUCAUAAAAAGCAUUUGAACUUUUGAACUAUUUUGGUCGACCUCACAAUGUCCAGCUUUUCUUGAAAAGUUCAUCUUGUAAAUGUCCUUGUAAGUGUAUCUGCAAUUAAAUCAAAUCAAAGCAAA